UUUUCGCACCGACGUCAGAGAAGCCGAGCUGGUACCGAGAUAUGGUCCGUAACCGUCCUGCUGCGUUAAGAACUUCACAUUUUUUCUUUGAACGACGUCCUGCUAACAGCCGGCUUAACGUUUCCUGUCGAUAGUCCCUCCGGGGUAAUGCUGCAGUGAUGUAAACUGUGCUGCAAAAUGCGUGCAGCUCCUCAUAAAUGCUGCUCAUUAAAACAGUCAGAAGCUAACGUUUAUGCAGAGAACAUGUCUCCUCGCUAAGGAAAGCACUGGUGGUAUUCUGAGUUCAAGUUUUCGGGAAGUGCUAGGUGUGGUCGGGGCGCUGAAGCCAUGGAGAAGCAGUCAUCUUCAGACAGAGCUGAGCUCGAGGAGAGAAAAGGCCUGGUGGAGGAUGGUGGCGAGCCUAGAGGUGCUGAGGGUGGAGAGGUGGAUGCUCGGACUCCAAGGAAGAGCAGCUCCUCCCGCAAAAGCUUCCGCCUGGACUACCGACUGGAGGAAGAAGUGACAAAGUCGUGUCGGGACAAACAUGGCCGCUGGGCUAACCCCUGGCCAACGUGGCGCUUUCCUUCCUACUCGAUGCUGUUCAGGUUCCUGUUCUUAGAAAAAGAUAACAGCAAUGUACCUUCUAGUAAAGAGGCCCUGGAUCGUGAGCUCCCUGUGAUGGAGCCAUACUUUGUGCAGAACCCAAACCUCUCUGGCUCUGGUCCAGGACUGAGAGUCACAUGGCUGGGCCAUGCCACAGUUCUGGUUGAAAUCGAUGGGGUGAAUGUUCUGACAGAUCCAAUCUUCAGUCAGAGGGCAUCGCCGAUCCAAUAUAUGGGACCCAAAAGAUUCAGAGGUCCUCCUUGCACUGUGGAGCAGCUUCCUAGGAUUGAUGCAGUGGUCAUCAGUCACUCUCAUUACGAUCAUCUGGAUGCUGGAUCUGUGGCCAGUCUUAAUGCUCGCUUCGGAGGAGAGCUACGCUGGUUCGUGCCAAUGGGUUUGAUGGACUGGCUGAUGAAGAUGGGCUGUGAGAAUGUGAUGGAGCUGGACUGGUGGGAGGAGAACUGUGUCCCAGGUCAUGAUGAUGUCACGUUUGUUUGCACACCCUCGCAGCACUGGAGCAAACGCACAGCAUGGGAUGAUAACAAAUCUUUAUGGAGCAGCUGGACCGUUUUGGGUCCAGACCAUCGUUUCUUCUUUGCUGGCGACACUGGCUACUGUUCUUCCUUUGCGGAAAUAGGACGACGCUUUGGACCAUUUGACCUUGCAGCAAUCCCUAUCGGAGCAUACCUGCCCAGAGACGUGAUGAAAGGACAGCAUGUAGAUCCAGAGGAGGCCGUUCAGAUUCACGAGGACCUUCAGGCCAGACAGUCGGUGGCCAUUCACUGGGGCACCUUUGCCCUCGCGUAUGAGUAUUACCUCGAUCCACCUCUUCGACUCAGAGAGGCUUUGGAACAGAAGGGACUGAAACCAGAUUGUUUCUUCACUUUGCAUCAUGGGGAGUCUCGCCUUAUAUCUGCACAGGACGAAGACGUCUUCGACUGAUGUGCAGUGUUUUUGUGGCCCGUUUCUAUGGAUUUGUCUGUAACAAAGUGCAGUAAAUUCAUAACAUGCAGAAUCCCAGUUUAAAAAAAAAAAGUUGUGAUAAUUGCAUAUGUAUAUGCAGCCUGUAUCAACUAGAAAUCAAAACUAGGCCACAAUAUUGAAUGUUGCACUGCCAUCACAUGGUCAAUGGUAGGCAGUACUACCUACAGGAGCUGUUCUUCUCAUGGUUCAUAAAUAAGCAAAAGGCAUAAGAUUUACUUGAUCCUGGAAUCUGUACUUGGUUCUGUGUAGUAGUCAGUGUGGCAAAUGAAACAUGGUAAAAGUAUAUCAAACAAAUUUAGACAACUAGAUUUUUAAAAUUUGAACUGUAUUAAAAACACCAAAAACUUUUUGUAUUGCCAAACAAGUAAUCUUAUUUUGUGCAGCUCAGUAUUUGUGAAAUGCUAACUUGCAUUCUAGUGUGCAUUAUUGUGAUUGAAAUUUCGUGGUGUGCACACUGCUUUACACCGAACGAGAGAGAAAUUCUCUGCGGGUACAAUUUUACAGAUCAGAGGAUCUGGUUAAAAUACAUCUGCUGUGCUUAUAUCUUAAGUAAAGUUUUCUUUCAGGAUCUUAGAAGCUGUAAUAUGAAAGAAAUACUAGAGGAUAGAGGAUUUUGUGGUGUAAUAAUAUUUCAACAUUGAUGUUAAAUCAUGCAACACUACAAAGACUUUUCUGAAUGUGCUACGAGAACUCAAAAUUGAGCGACGCAAAAAUAGUUUAUCUAUUAUCAGAGUCUGAAACUCUCAGCGACCGAGUGCCGAUAGCAAACGUGGAGCAGUGCUGUCUAGAUGUAGAAGUUGAGCUGGGUUCAGCUUCGUGCCUUGCAAAUAUUAUGCACUGCUGCAGGUUUAGACAUUUGGCUUUGAUGCUGUGAAACCACAGUUUCUUUCUUUGCUUAUCAGUGUGAUCAUUUCCAGUUUUACCUUUCCGUUUUUAGCCGGAUGGGUUUGAGUCAAAGAGCAACAGUAGAUUAGUGUUUUUGAACACAGUUGAAGCAAAAUUCGGUUUUUAAUGCCUGAAUGUAUGAACACAUAACAGCACAAUGUUGAGCUCAUGUACUGCAGUAACAGGUUUAUAAAGGUAAAGAAAAAUGUUGUUUACAUGUCACAGUGUCACUGAUUUACAGAAUAAAUAUUACUUUGCAUUUAAAA